GGAGACUGACGUAGAAAUACAGUUUCACAUGAGGGUCUUCGGUGAUCAACGUGCAAAAGUCAAUAUAGAAGUUUGUUUAGCAUUAAAAACAUAAUCACGACCAAAUGGGAGGGAAGAAUAAACAAAGAACAAAAGGAAAUGUUCGGCCGUCUAGCAGCGGCAGAGCCGCCGAGCUGUUGGCCCGAGAGCGGGGUGCCGUGCCCGGGUUUGUGGGCUUCGGCACCACCGCGUCGAAUGACCUGGGCUAUGUUCCCGCUGUCUUCGGGGCGGAGGAGAUAGACAAUCUCGUUGACGCUGAUUUUCGCAUGGUUUUGAGAAAGCUGUCAAAAAGAGACACGGUCACAAAAUUAAAGGCAGUACAAGAAUUUGGUUCGAUGUGCCAAGAAAGAGAGGCAGAGAUCGUUAAAGGUGUACUUCCUUACUGGCCGAGAAUAUACUGCAAGAUAUCAGUGGACCAUGACAGACGUGUCAGGGAAGCCACACAGCAGUCCUUCCAACAGCUGAUUCUGAAAGUCAAGAGGAACCUGGCCCCUUACCUGAAGAGCAUCAUGGGAUACUGGCUGAUCGCUCAGUGCGACACCUACUCCCCCGCGGCCUCGGCUGCGAACCAGGCCUUCGAGGCGGCCUUCCCCAUCAGCAAGCAGCCCGAAGCCCUCGGGUUCUGUAAGGAGGAAGUCCUAAAUAUCCUCCAAGACAACCUGCUGAAGGAAACCCCUGAGACCCUGAGUGACCCUCAGAGUGUGCCCCCGGAGGAGAGGGAGGCCAAGUACACGCGUCUGUUGACCAGCUCCCUGCUGGCCGUGAAGAAGCUCUUGGCCACUCUGUCCCAGCAGGACUUGGACUCUCUGUCGGAGCGGCUUGCCUAUCUCAUCGCGCAGAGCAAGUUCUGGAAGUACAGCAAGCACAAAAUCCCUCAGAUCCGAGGGGCGUUUUUCGAGGCGGUGGCUACGCUGUGCGAGCGCACCCCUCAGCUGGUCCAGAAGGAGGCCGGCCGCGCCUGUCCCACCGUUCUGCUCAGCAUCGAGGACACGGACCCCGUGGUGCUGCCCCCUCUGUGGGAGGCCGUACUGCACGUCAUCUCCAGCAUCCCGGACUGCUGGACGCACGUGAACGCCAGAAAAGGGGUGCUGCCCAAACUCUGGGGGUUACUGAGGGAGGGGGGCCGGGGUCUGGCCACUGUCCUGCACCCCAACCUGCUCCCGUUCAUCAGCAAGCUGCCCCCGGAGGUCACGGACCCCAAACUGGAGUUCUACAACACCUUCUUCACUGCCGUCAUUCAGGGGCUGCGGAGCGAGCGGGCGCUGGCCAGCCCGUCGGAGAGCGCCGCCGUCGUCUUCGCCGCUGUGGAAUGCCUGCGGUACGCCCUCCUGCAGAACGCCGGAGAGGAUGAGAGCAGCCGACAGAUCCAGAGCGCGCUCGUCACUGAGCAGCUCCUGCCCCUGGUGGAGAGCGCUUUGGGGAGCCCCGCCCUGCAGGGGGGGCCCCUCUUCCCCCAGCUGACGGACAUGCUGGUCUCCUGGGAGAAGCGGGCGGAGUCAGCCGACCAGGCCGCCGCCUUUCACCGCCUCCUGGCGGACUUCUGGGAGGGGCUCAGGCGGCUCUGCGUGCGGCGGGUGGACCGGGAAGAGGAGGAGGGGGCAGAGUCAGGGGAGCUGGUGGGCGUGGCCUCCCUGCUCUGCGUCAUGCAGAACCCGGCAGGGGGCGGCCUGUCCGGCCUGAAGAAGAAGAAGAAGAAGACGGUGAAGAUCUGCUUCCCCGACCAGGAGGGCCCGGAGGGGAAGGAGGGGGAGGAGCCCAAGCGGGAAGAGGGGCGGGGCCAGGGCGGGGCUCCGCCGCUGAAGAGCGGCCACCUGGAGGCGCUGGUGUGCCGGCUGGCGGCGCUGGCCAUGGCGCGGGUCAGCCGCCACGACUCUGAGCCGCACCUCCGCUUCCUGUCCGUCCUCGUCAGCUCCUUCCCCUCCCGCCAGCUCUUCCAGGCGCUGCUGGACCCGGCGGGCGAGGAGGAGGAGGAGCAGGAGUGGGAGGAGGAGCUGAAGGGCGCGGGAGAGCAGGGCGGGGAGGCGCUGGCCCAGAACCCGGCGGUCCGGUUCCUCCUGCAGAAGGUGGUGGUCUGGCUCCGGCAGGACCGGUACGGGCACCCGGACUUCCUGGUGAACAUGGUGUUCAGCGCGCUCCACUGCUGCCGCACCACUGAGGGGAAAACGGUCAUCCUCAACCACAUCACCAGAAUGGAUCUUAAGUGGGGCGUUGUUCUUCAGAUCAUACAGAAGGCGUGUGCAGACCCGGUCUGUCUGGAGGCCUCGAUUGGCUGGCUGAAGGGGGCGGUCCUGGGGGAGAGGCUCGUGGGAUUGGCCGGGGAGCUGUGCGAGCUGGGGCUGGGGAGCACGAGGUUGACCAAGGCCACGCCCACUGCCGACCACACCCACAGCUGGGCUCUGAUCAGCCUGGCGCUCUCACAGCACCACCUCAACGAGAGGCUCAUCGGCGAGGAGUACGUGGAGAAGAUCAUCGAUAAGCUGCACGCGACGCUCUCCGAGGCCAAGGACCUGUCGGACGCGGGCAACAUGGAGCCGCUGGUGUCCUUCAUCUGCGAGGUGGCGUCCAGCUUCUUCUCCUCGCUGAAGGGCUGCCUGCUGCUGGCCUCCGCCGAGGAGCUGCUGCUCACCGUCUUCCAGCUGUGCGCGCAGGACCAGGAGACCACGCGGCUGUCCGACUCUCUCCUGCAGAAGCUGAGACAGGCCUGCUUUGCCGGAGUCCACUCUCUGCUCAGCCAGCCGGAGGCGGAGCUCCGCGAGGGAGCCUUCCUGCACAGCGCCGCCGUCUGGGUGAAAAAGCAGCUCCUCAGCGCCCCCUUUGGGGUGAGAAGCCUGCAAGCGCUGAUGUCAGCGGUGCACACUCUGGUGGAGACGCUGCUCAGCUGCAGCAGUCAGGGUGGGGUCCAGCUCCUGCCUGCGUUCAUCAGCUGCCUGACCCCCAGCGCUGCGGAGUGGAAGAGGAUCAGACAUGCACUGCCCCCCCAGUGGGUGAAGUCCCCCCUGUUGUCGGGGCGUCUCCGAGUGACCCGUGCGUACCCCUGCAUAGACGUGUGGAAGUUCCGCUGCUCCUCCAAGCUCCCGGCCCACCUCAGCGCCUCGGCCCUGCUGGGGAAGGUCCUCCUGGCUGCCAUGGAAGCCCCUGGCCACCAGGGGGCAGGCUCUCCCAAGCUCCCUGACCUCAAGCACACCGUGUCCGAGGUGCUGUUUGCCAUGCAGUGGUGUGAGGAGGUGAUGGAGUUCUCCCCUGCGGUGGUGACUGACUACCUUCGGAUGCUCCAGGAGCUGAACCUAACGGCCGAUCGCAUAAGCAAACAGGCUGAACACAGAUGCGACGUGCUGGAAACGCUGUUUGCUCAGUCACUGGAGGAGGGGUCGCUGUGGACGCUGACGCUCGCGAGCUACAUCCGAAUGAGGGGCGUGGUCAGCGUCAAGAAGCUGUACGGGAGUGUGGAGAGCUUCUUCCCCCUGACGGAGCACCGCCUCUGCACCAUCCAGGUCCUCUGUCCCUCCCUGUCCAGAGAGGAGAGGGAGUCUCUGGUCGCCCUGUCCAUCUCCGAGCUCCUCAACUGGCAGGACACGGACCCGAACAACGGUUUCAGUGGGAUGGCGUGCCUUGCGGUCCUGCACUGUUGCUUGGAAACGGAGACGCCCGUAGAGGAGGAGGUUCUGCUGGCCGUUGUUGCCACGAUGAUGGAAUGGCGCAAUGUCAAAGAAGAGCUCUUCCUGUUUAGCAGUGACCUGAAGACGGCUUCAGCUGGGGCGCUGUCUCUGAACGUGGAGAUGAUGCGUUUCCUGUCCCGGCUGAUGGCGCACUCUCCCGCCAUGCUGCGGGACACGCACUGGGACUUCCUGCUCUGCUCCAUGCUGGCCUGGCUGGAGGCCGCCAGUGAGAACACGGGCGCUUUCUGGAACCCCUGGGUGCAGCUGUUUGUGUCUCAGAACUGUGGCCUGAUCGUGACGCUGAGCGAGUUCUUCUCAGCGACCCCUGCAGGCGAGGCUGACCAACUGCCACCCAACCUGCGGAAUGAGUGGGAGGAGUUUUUCGUUGAGGGGAUGCACAGCCUGCUCCUCCCUCUGCUGGUCAAGAUCACUGAAGAGUACAGGGAGCCGGACGACGCCCUGUUCCCCCAGGCGGUUCUGGGGGCCGUGGGCGAAGCCCUGCAGUGGGUCCCGGUCCAGCUGCUGACCCAGAACAAGCUCCCGCCCAAAUUUGUGGCGGGGCAGAAGACCAACCUGCCGGAGCCGCUGCAGACGCUCCUGAACACCCUCACGCCCCUGCUGCUGUUCAAGGCCCGGCCUGUCCAGCUGACCGCCUUCCACGUGCUCAGCAAGGUGAUGCCCCAGCUGCCCGAGUGUGACAGCGAGAGCGACAGCGGGAAGUGUGAGGAUGACGAUGGUGAAGAGCCGUGCCUAUCGCCCCCUGCUGCCCUGAUGUCGGUCCUGGCGACUGCCGAGGAGCUGCUGGACAACAUCCUGGGCGGCGUGCCGGUGGGCGAGUACGCCGUGGUGCAGCCGCUCAGCGACGAGCACUGCUGCAUCCUGGGAUACCUGCUGGCCUGGAAGCUGAUCCUCACCUUCUUCAAGGCCUCGCCCUCCCACCUGAGGGUGCAGUACUCCCUGUUCCUGCGGAAGAGCCGGUCCCUGCACACUCUUCUCCUCCACCUGUUUCGCCUCAUGCCCGAAAACCCCUCCCUCCCGGGUCAGGCGGCCGAGCCGGGGGCCAAAGACCCCAAGACCUUCUUCACCGAGGACCUGUGUCUGUCCGUGCGCAAGAGGGACGGGAUGCAGUGGGAGCUCCCCCACCUGGCCUGCUGGGUGUACUACAGUGCGCUGAAGGACCUGCCGGCCAUGGUUCGGCUGUGGUGGAACGGGCAGGACAAGCGCAUCUUCAACACCGUGGACAAGUUCACCAGCAAGUACGUGAGCGGCGUGCUGUCUGCCCAGGAGAUCUCCUCAGUGCACAGCAGCACCCAGACCUUCCACAGCAUGACGGUGAAAGCCCGCUCAGCCACCAGAGAGGUGAUAGCCACGUACUCGGUGGACGACAUUUUCAUCGAGCUGGUGAUCCAGCUGCCCCAGAACUACCCCCUGGGCUCCAUAUCGGUGGAGAGCGGGCGGCGUGUGGGCGUGGCCGUGCAGCAGUGGCGCAACUGGAUGCUGCAGCUCAGCACCUACCUAACUCACCAGAACGGAAGCAUCAUGGAGGGCCUGGCGCUGUGGAAGAACAACGUGGACAAGCGCUUCGAGGGCGUGGAGGACUGCAUGAUCUGCUUCUCCGUCAUCCACGGGUCCAACUACUCCCUGCCCAAGAAAGCCUGCCGCACCUGCAAGAAGAAGUUCCACUCCGCCUGUCUGUACAAGUGGUUCACUUCCAGCAACAAGUCCACCUGCCCCCUGUGCAGAGAGACCUUCUUCUGAGCGCGCUCAGUUCGGACCCCAGCCGGAGAGAGAGGGACGUUUCGAGUUUGUACACCCCCCCCCGUUUGUAUUCUGGACCUCGGCUGCUGGGAACAGUGGUUACACACAAGCUCAAACACACACACACACACACAGACACACGCACGCACAUACACACACACACACACGCACACACUCACGCAUGUAUAUAUAUUUUAUCCGGCGCUUUCUGUCAGAUGAGUCAUUGCAGUUUGUGCUCUGGGGAGGGCUGAGACGGUGAGAUAGGGCACGCGUGGUGACGGACACAUGGACAGCCUGGGUGGCAGAGGGGGUGUGGACGGGCAGCUGGGAGAGAGCUCUGAGAGGGUGUGGAGGCACUGUCUUCCACUGGGGGUCUAUGUUAACAGAGAGAGCUGAAGCUGCCCCUCCCCCCUCCCAAAUCCCCCCUACCCCAGGGUCUAAUUCAGGGACCAUACACAUCAUCUGUGUGACUCCAAUCAGAUUAAGUCUGGUUCACACAUGCACAUACACACAGGUGCGCACACACACACACACAUACAAACACACACGUGCGCACAUAUGCAUACAUGUGUGCACAGCCCCCUACACACACACACACACAUACACACUCACACACUCAUUUGGUCAUGUGCGUGCUCCGCUGUGUAACCACGGAAACACUACACCGGGGGCGGGCUUCACUGAGCGCGCUCAGAGGGGCGGGGCCAGCCCCCCCCCCCGAGGCACAUCAAGGUUAACCACUCUGCCGGAACCCAGCGACCGGCUCGCGACCGUCAGGGGGACGCCCCUCCCACGGGACGGACCAGAGCCGCGAGAGCGGGGAAAUGGCUGCCAAUCAGAGCGUGGCAUUUCCAGGAAGGACCCUGUAAAUAUUUUAGUGCCGAAACGGACACCGCAGACCCCGACGCUGUCCGGGGGGCGACCCCAGGGUCUCGCAGACGGACGACACCUUGGACCCCGGAUAAGUCUUUAUCAUUUACACACCUGUUGGUGGCAAAUAAAUCUUGUAAUGGUAUGAAUAUGAA